AUGAUUCACCUUGUAAAUCAGAGGUACGAUAUUGUGACGCCGGAGAGAUCUGUUCCAUCUAGUCCAUCUUUGUCGCCUGCUGUUGUAACCCAUACAACUGCAACCAGUAGCAAGCCUCAGAGAAGAUCCUGGGAUCCCUCGGCUGUCGAUUUGUCUGAACUAUCCAAGCUAUUAGCAAGCAAUAACUCCAAAAAGAACCCUCGACCUCGCUCACAGCUAUUUCAAUCGUCCAAACCACCAUCGCCUACUCUCUCUACGUCAUCUGCAGAACCUACAUUUUGUACUAAUUCCAAUGCAGCAGCACCCAUUCUCUCUCAACAGCAACCCCGCCCUCUUUUGUCACACCGUCCAGCUAGCACUUGUUCCACUCCAUCUCAAUUUGUCUUCAAAAAGCCUGAAUACGAUGAAAGAUAUCAUCAAACGCAUUUUCAUAGAAGCAACAAGCAUGACUAUUACCAGCAACAGCAACAGCAGCAACAGCAAUCUCAAGAUCGCAAAGACUUAUUUCUGGCUUGGUCUGAUUUACGUCGAUUCUUUGUAAAUACACAACAAUCACAACAAUACCCUGUAUCACCUACUCACUCAACAUCAUCAUUUACUCAUCAGCCUACCACUGCAGAAAGUACGGUCAAAUCAGAUACAUUUGCAAAUCAGUUCAGACAAGACAUUGGAGGCAGAUAUGGCACAUGGGGCAGAUAUAUUGGAAAAGGUGCUGGUGGUUCAGUGAGAUUGAUAAGGCGUUCGGCAGAUCAAAAGACAUUUGCGGUUAAACAGUUUCGGAAGAGAUUAGCUCAUGAGAGUGAAAAGGACUACAUCAAAAAAGUUACUGCCGAGUUCUGUAUUGGAUCCACCCUUCAUCACCCGAAUGUCAUCGAAACACUGGACAUCAUCCAAGAAGGUUCCAGCUAUUUUGAAAUUAUGGAAUAUGCACCCAAUGAUCUGUUCAAUGUGGUGAUGAGUGGAAUGAUGUCUCGCGAAGAAGUGGCAUGCUGCUGGCGUCAGUUACUGAAUGGCCUCGAGUAUUUACAGUCAAUGGGCAUUGCUCAUCGCGACAUCAAGUUGGAUAAUCUGGUAUUGGAUCACCUCGGUAUACUCAAAAUCAUCGACUUUGGCUGCUCCACUGUGUACAAAUACCCAUUUGAAAACACCAUUACGCACACCAAAGGCAUUUACGGAUCUGAUCCAUACAUUGCACCUGAACAGUACACGCAACCCACCUAUGAUCCUCGCUUAUCUGACAUCUGGUCCUGUGGUAUCGUCUUUUUGUGUAUGACGAUACGCCGAUUCCCAUGGAGAAUACCUCGUUUAACAGACCCCUCCUUCCGUGCUUAUGCUACAAACCAAAAUCAACAACAAUUUAGACUCCUUAAAUUAUUACCACGUGAAGCGAGACCCGUGAUGGCUGGUAUCUUGGACAUUGAUCCCACUAGAAGAUCGAAUCUGCAGACAGUUUUAGCGGACAAAUGGGUACAGCAGAUUGAUGUGUGUCAAGUGCAUGAACCAGGCAAGAAGCACGUUCAUCACGUAUUGACACCGCCGCCAGCUAACUGUGGAAGAGAUAACUUGGUUGUCAUUACUCAAGAGCCUCCUGGCGUUGUCGCUGAAAAAGAGAAACGAAGACGAUCAAGUCGACCUGCUUCACCUAUACCACCUAAAGCCAAUGUAGCUAAAAACUCCUCUGCUUGA